AUGGCACCUGACGAUGCGGCCCAGCGUAUUCCAUUGGUCGAUUUAUGGUUUGAGCUCGCCGACCGCCUCACCGCCGACACCAUACCAAGCCCGCUGGAAUUCUACCAGGAACGAGACGCUAUCAUCGAGAUAUUCAAAGAUGCUCGUGCUCGAUUGCCUCACGUCCCCACGCCUCUUCGUAACGACGAUGGCUUGAGCGUUAUAACGGACGAUGCGUCUGACGGCAGCGAUUUCACUGACAGCUCAGUCGAAUCAAUGCCGGUUCAGUUCGUGCAGGAUCCGACUGCAGCCUCUCCGCAAUCCGACCUGGUGGACUGGCGAGGACCCACCCCCGCUUCGCCCGCACCCCCCCUACGGCCAUACCUGCGACAACCGAACCUCACAGAGCCUCUGGUGAUUUCACCUGUAGUGAUCGCGCACCGAACCAUUGCUGAUGAAUUCAGCUUUAGUUACCUCACGCGGGGUUGGGCCGUAUCGCCGUGCCUGCAAUAA